AUGGUGUUCUACGCCUUUACAUUGGUGAUGAAGCCGAGGCAGCGCCGCUACACCUCGCAGGCGCUGCGCGAGAUCGCCGUCGCGGUGUACAACAAUGGCGGUCUCAUUCGCAAAUUCACAAACGAAGGCAUCAUGCGGCCGUACAGCCGCUUCCGCGACGCGGACAACACGCCGUUGACGUACGCGCGCUACAUCAUGCUGCAGGUGGACAUGGGCGAGGAGCAGAUGCGAAAGGUGGAGAAGAUGAUGCGGGAGCACCAGGACGUCUUCAUCGUGCUGAAGCUCAACAACCUGGAGCGGCCCGUGGGGAUCCGCGGCGGACGGAAGGACUUGCAGUCGGCGUACUUUCCGCUAGAUACCUUCACGCGCCUCGAAGAAGAAAUCAACUGGCCACCGCAGGCGUCCGCCGACAUCUAUGAGCAACUGGAGAUGAACUGGAAGGAAUUCUCUCGUACACGGUGGUCGAACUUCCUCCGCAACUAG